AUGAACGAGAAUCGUCUGCAACGUAGCGAUAACCUCAGGAGUCUCUCUGAGUCUUGGAUGAGAGAUGGCCAGAGUCAACUGGUCAAGGAAUGUUUUGAGCCCGAACCGAAGCUCACGGAAAGCUUCGAGGCUUCCGACGGGCAACGUCGCAUGGUCCAAGGUAUCGGAGAGUUUUCUGGACGGUUCCCCAGUCUGCCCUGCUCCAACUCGACUGGCCAUAUUUUUGGUGUCGGUUCCUACCACAGAGAGGCGUCAUCGAAGCUUGGCGAAGUUGUAGUAUGGAACGGCUGUCCUGCUUGA